AUGGCCGACGCCGCCGACGCCGACGCCGUCCUCUCCGACGUCGACGAAGACCCCCUCCCACCCCCCUCUACAUCUUCCGCCUCCUCCCACAAAACCCUACCGCAAGCCCAACAACCCCAGCCACAACAGUCCGAUGCCCAGGCGCAGCAGCAGCAGCAGCGGCUGCUGGACCUGGCCGCGGAGCUCGAGGAGGAGCGCCGCCUCCGCCGCGCGGCUGAGGCCUCCCUCGCGGAGGCUGAGUCCCGCGUCGCCCGCUUCAAGGCCUUCGCGCAGGACGUGCUCCGCAAGCGCGACGACCUCACCGCCGAGGCCGCGGCCUCCGCGCGGUCCGUCGCCGCGAUCCAGGCCGAGGCCGCCGCCUCCGCCCGCUCCCUCGCCGCGCUCCAGGCCGAGGCCACCACCGCCUCCUCCAUGCUCUCCUCCGGCUUUGAGAGGAUCUCCGCCAAGGCCUCCCCUUCUUCGGCCCCCGCGCCGCUCCCGACCUCCCAGAAGUACUCCUCCGGCCUCCCGGCCCUCGCGUACGGCGUCCUCAAGCGCGCCAACGACAUCGUCGACGACCUCCUCGCCCAGAUCGACGCCGCUAACCGCGACCGCGAUCGCGCGCGGGAGCAGAUGGAACACCGCAACUACCAGAUCGCCAUCGAGGUCUCUGAGCUCGAGGCGUCGCUCGCGUCCAGGUCUGCCGAGGGCGAAUCCCUCUCCAAGUCCCUCUCCCAACGGGAAGCCGAGAUCUCCGAGCUCCGUGACAAAAUCACCGCUCUCGAGGGGAAGCUCGACGCUCAGAGGCCCGUGCUCGCGGAGACGAUCGGGUGCACCUCCAAGCUGUACCACGAGAUGCGGGAGGUGGUCAAGCUGGUCGAUGCCGAAGCUGCGAGUGCCCUGUCGGACUCGGUUUUUGUCUGGAAGGAGACUGACGUCGAGGAGAGCCUCAAGGUGUCUCUGGAAGGCACGAAAUUGGCCUAUGAGCUUGCGGCAAUGGCCCUGGAGAAGGUCGGGGCUUGUAUAGAUGACAAGGAGAGCAAGAUGAGGCGUUUGGAGGACAGGGUGGAUGACCUGAUUAAAGAGAAGGAGCACAUUGGUGUGCUGCUCCGGAGCGCACUGAAGGCAACCACCAGUGAGGUGUUAAAGGUUGCAGAGGAUGGACUGAGGGAAGCUGGCAUUGAGGUUGGACUUGACGAUCGAAAGGAGCACAGGCCAGGGAGUGUGGAGAAGGACGAGGUCUAUACCCUGGCAGGGGCUCUCGAGAAUACCAUGAAGGAGUCCCAGGUCAAGAUCAUUGAGCUCCAACAUCUUGUCGAAGCACUAAGGGCGGAGUCUGGUUUACUUAGAACACGGCUAGAAGGGCAAGAAAAGGAGAUUGGCCAGCUAAGAAAGCAAAUAAAACAUCUUGAAGAGAAGGAAAGGGUGGCAAAUGAAAGCGUUGAGGGUCUGAUGAUGGACGUGACAGCUGCUGAAGAGGAGAUUAAACGUUGGAAGAUGGCAGCAGAGGCGGAAGCUGAAGCUGGUGGAUCAAUUGAGAAAGAGUUCCAAAUUCAGAUAUCAUCCCUUCGCAAGGAAUUAGACGAAGCAAAACAAGCUAUGGUGGAGCUAGAAAACAAGCUGAAGUUCAAGGAAGAGACAGCUGCUGCUGCAAUGACGGCACGUGAUGCUGCAGAGAAGUCUCUAAAGCUAGCAGAUAUGCGAUCGUCCAGGCUACGAGAGAGGCUGGAGGAGCUUAACAGGCAGCUCGAAGAAUCAGAUAAUAGAACCGACUUGGUAAAUCGCAAUGGCCAUAGAUGUUUUCCCAAUUUGUUGAUGCAUGUUUUGCGGAAAACUGAUGUGUGCUGGAAGGCACCGCGUAAUUGUAAAAGUUACCAUUUGGGAUAUAGUAGUGAAGAUGCUGAGAAGUCCAUUCUUUGA